CGCCAUUUAGAUCUAUGAUAGUUUUUAACAAAUCCCUUUUGUGGUCACGUGACCUUAAAAACAAAAAUGUCGGACAAAUCCAGCAAAGAAAAAAUGAUGGGAAAAUCCAAGGGGCUGAGUGAAAGUAAACUAAGGGCCUUUGACAUUGGUAACAUGUCUUUAGGAGCAAAGUCUUUGUCUAAAAGAGAGAUGGAAGAGAUUAAGAGAAGGAAAGAUGAAGAAGCUACAGCUGUGGUUUAUGAAGAAUUUGUUGCUUCCUUUGAAGAUGCAGGCAAACUUAAUAAGUCAUGGGUCAAGGGAGGUAUUGUUAAUUCUGAUAAAAAGUCUGAUGAUAAAGGAGGAGGAAGUCGUGUGUAUAAACCUACAUCCAAGUUAGCUCAGUUGGCAUCAACAUUUUCUUCUGUCAAGGAAAUGAAAAAAGAAGAGGAAAGAAAAGAGGAGAAAGCAAAAUCGGUACGUAGCUGGUUCCUCGACAGUGAGGAGCAGAUGAGGGAUGAAAAACCACCCAAACCGGUACGUAACUGGUUCCUCAACAAAGAGGAAGAGAGACAAGAUGAAAAACCUAGACUGGGUUUUGGUAAAAAAAAGAAAGAAGAAAAGAAAAAAAGUAAUUUGGAACUAUUUAAAGAAGAACUAAAAUCUAUUCAAGAACAGAGAGAAGAACGGCAUGCUAUUAAAAGAGCUCGUGGAGAUAUGGUUAUCUUAGAGGAUCCUGAUAUUAUUGCUGCUAGUUUAAGAUCUGCUAGUUCCUUUGACUUCGAUGCAGGAGGAAGUUUCCCAAGAGGUGGAAAAGAUCUUGGUUAUGUAUAUGGUAUGGGAGAGCCAGGUGAUGAAAAUACAACCAAUAUUUAUGUGGGCAACAUCAAUCCUAAAAUGACAGAAAAAGAGCUUUGUGAGAUUUUUGGCAAGUAUGGUCCUCUUGCUAGUGUAAAGAUAAUGUGGCCUAGGACAGAAGAGGAAAGAUCUAGAGGAAGGAAUUGUGGUUUUGUUGCAUUCAUGAACAGAAAGGAUGGGGAGAGGGCAAUGAAUGCUCUGAAGGGUAAAGAAAUCAGUGGAUUUGAAAUGAAACUUGGAUGGGGCAAAGCUGUUCCUAUUCCACCACACCCCAUAUAUAUUCCACCAGCCCUUGCAGAGCUUACUCAGCCUCCUCCCCCCUCUGGUCUACCAUUCAAUGCCCAGAUCAAGAGAAGAAAAGAUCGAGAAUACACAAACGGCCAACUUCAUGUUCUGCCAGAUAACCCUGAUGAACUUGAGAAGACCUUAGCGAAUGCAGUUGUGAAAGUGGUAAUCCCCACAGAAAGACAACUUUUGGCACUUAUUCAUCGUAUGGUCGAGUUUGUUGUUCGAGAAGGGCCAAUGUUUGAAGCCAUGAUAAUGAACAGAGAACUCAACAAUCCUUUCUUUAGAUUUUUAUUUGAUAACAAAAGCCCAGCACAUACCUACUAUAGGUGGAAACUGUAUUCUAUUCUUCAUGGAGACUCAACAACAAAAUGGCAAACUGAAGAAUUUCGUAUGUUUAAAGGUGGCUCCAUAUGGAGACCCCCACCUAUAAACCCCUUUACUCAAGGAAUGCCGGAAGACCUAGUAAACAGAGAAGCCAAUUCUGAAUUUGAACUGAUUCUGCGUAAAGGAAAAUUAACAAACAGCCAAAGAGAUCGUUUAGAAGAUGUAUUGAGAGAAUUAACUCCUGAAAGAUUAAAAAUAGCUGAAGCAAUGGUGUGGUGUUUGGAUCAUGCAGAAGCAGCAGAGGAAAUAGUUGAAUGUAUUGCUGAAUCCCUUAGUAUUUUACAAACUCCUCUACCCAAAAAGAUUGCUAGGUUGUUUUUAGUGUCAGACAUACUGUUCAACAGUAGUGCAAAAGUUCCGAAUGCAUCAUUUUUUAGAAAAUUUUUUCAAAGUAAACUGAAAGAAAUUUUUAAGGACAUCAAUGAAUCCUAUGAGAAAAUUGAAGGUAGAUUAAAAGCUGAACAGUUCAAACAAAAAGUAAUGAACUGUUUUCGAGCUUGGGAAGAUUGGGCUGUGUAUCCCAAUGAUUUCCUUAUAACAUUACAAAAUAUUUUCUUGGGAUUAGUUAUUCCAACAAAGGAGGAAUCACCUGAAAGAAGGCCUGAAAAAUCAUUAGAUUUGGAUGGUGAAAUCAUGGAAGAUGUUGAUGGCAUUCCUCUGUCAUCCUCCCUUAAAAAUGGACCUGAUUUGGAAGGAGAUGAAAUGAAAGAAGAUGUAGAUGGAUUGCCAUUGGCUGAGGCCGAUAUUGAUGGUGAUCCACUUUCAAGUAAAAUGUCAACCCCACCUUCAACUGCACAGUCACAACCAGCAUUUAUUCGUUCCAAAUGGGAGGAGGUUGAUGAAACAGAAUUACAAGCACAAGCAAUGACCACAUCAAAAUGGGAGACACUAGAGCCUGAAGAAGACAGUAACACUCAUGAAAUAGGAGAAGAUAUUGACGGGAUGCCACUGGAUGACACAAGACCAUCCAACCCUCAGUCAGAUGAUAGUGACAGUGACUCUGAAUCUUUGAACCUCUCAAGGUUUUCAACAAGAGAAGAUAAUUCAUUUAAUCUCAAACUUAGUCAAGUAUCAGAAGAAAGAAGACAAAAAUUAAGAGAGAUUGAGGUUAAGGUAAUGAAGUACCAGGAUGAACUCGAAGCUGGUAAACGCUCAAGGAAAUCAGGUAUGACUUUACAAGAUCAAGUUGAACAUUACAGAAGAAAGAUGCACAGCAAGCUUCUUGAUGUGCUAGACUCCCCUUCAGCAGAUAAAGAUAGCAGAAAGAGAUAUCGCUCCAGAUCUUCGUCCCCAGUACGUAGAGGAAGAUCAUCCGAAAGAUCUGACACCCCAAAGAGAAAAAAAAAGGAUAAAGAAAGGAGUCCCAAAAGAUCCAGACGAUCAAGAUCACGUUCAAGGUCACCCAGAAGGAGUCCAGGUAGAGAGAGAAAAAAGCACAAGUCCAGAAAACAUAGAGAGUAGCUUCUUGUUAUCUGUAUGCUUUUUGGUUGAGUGUUGAGUUUAUAUUUUAAUAUUACAUUCUUAGGCAUGAGAAAGUUAAUGUACAUAAAAUAAUGUUGGUCAUGCAUCAUUAUCAUCAUUGAUUUUAGUUUGUAACAGUUGCUGGCAAGAUGUUUAUCAUUUGUUUAAAUGUCUGAUUAAUAUACCUGGGUUAUUUUUGUUUUAAAGAAAGUUUAAUAAUGGUUUAAUUAAUGAAGUUUUUUAAAGAAUGCUGUCACAACUCUCCAUUAUAUUACAUUUUCUUUGUAGCAUUUCUACAGUAUUUUGUGUCCUUAUUGACCGAAAUAAGGAGAAUUGUUUUUGGGUGAAAUGAUUACUUUGCCCAGUAUUAUUUAUCAACUGAUUGGUCCACAAGAAAAGUUAAUGGCAAAAAUGUGAUGACAUAUUUUGUAAAUAGUUGUUUGUGCGAGUGUAGUGGAAAUGAUCUUCAGCUGUCACAAAUGCAAUUAUCACCAGUGAGAUACAUGAUGGUGGUUGAUUUACAUGGAAAUUAACACCAAUAGUAAGUUUCUGUUUGAAUGGACUAUGAGGUGUACAAAUAUCUCUUUGUUAUAGGUUUUAUUAAUCAUUUCUAGGUCAUAUUUUUAGCUGUAUUUUUCUGUGUGAAUAUAUGCAGACUGAAAGUUGCUGUUUGAUUAAUUAUUUUAUAUACCAUUUAAAUAUAAUGAAUACAAUUUUAAUGAAAGUACUUAAAA